CCACCGGUGGGUGGGACUUCCGGGGCGCUGGUGCGUCUUCCGGUCGCGCUUUGAGGAUCCGGCGGCCUCGGUACAGGAAGGUCUCUGUACUGAAGCCCAGAGAGGUCACUACCCAGCAGGCUGGUGACAGAACUGGACCUUGCGCCAUCUCACUGCAGUCCUGUUUCCACUGCGCUGUGAAAUUGUAGUACCGCGGCCACUCGCCCCGGUGCUGGGCCGGCUGCCUGCUGGCCGCUGGGCCUCGAGGUGGACUGUGCUGCGACUGCCCACCAUGCAGACACUCCUCGCCAUCCUCCCCAUCCUUGGGCUUGCGCUGGCCUGGGGCUCCGUCUGUGCUACCUUGUCAAAGUCAGAUGCUAAAAAAGCUGCCUCGAAGACACUGCUAGAGAAGACGCAGCUUUCAGAUAAGCCCGUCCAAGAGCGUGGCCUGGUGGUGACAGACCUCAAAGCGGAAGAUGUAGUCCUUGAGCAUCGCAGCUACUGCUCCUCGAAGGCCCGGGAGAGGAACUUCGCUGGGGAUGUCCUGGGCUACAUCACGCCUUGGAACAGCCAUGGCUACGAUGUGGCCAAGGUUUUUGGGAGCAAGUUCACACAGAUCUCGCCUGUCUGGCUGCAGCUGAAGAGGCGUGGCCGGGAGAUGUUUGAGAUCACAGGCCUCCACGAUGUGGACCAAGGUUGGAUGCGAGCCGUGAGGAAGCACGCCAAGGGCCUGAACUUAGUGCCUCGUCUUCUGUUUGAAGACUGGACUUAUGAUGAUUUCCGGAACGUCCUAGACAGCGAGGAUGAGAUAGAAGAGCUCAGUAAGACUGUGGUCCAAGUAGCAAAGAACCAGCACUUUGAUGGCUUCGUGGUGGAGGUGUGGAGCCAGCUGCUGAGCCAGAAGCACGUGGGCCUCAUCCACAUGCUCACCCACGUGGCCGAAGCACUGCACCAGGCCCGGCUGCUGGCCAUCCUGGUCAUCCCACCCGCUGUCACUCCAGGGACUGACCAGCUGGGAAUGUUCACGCACAAGGAGUUUGAGCAGCUAGCCCCGGUACUAGAUGGCUUCAGCCUCAUGACCUAUGACUACUCCACAUCACAGCAGCCUGGCCCCAGUGCACCUCUCUCAUGGGUUCGAGCCUGUGUCCAGGUCCUAGACCCCAGGUCUAGGUGGAGGAGCAAGAUUCUUCUGGGGCUGAACUUCUAUGGCAUGGACUACACAGCCUCCAAGGAUGCUCGUGAGCCUGUCGUUGGGGCCAGAACUUGGCUGCUGACACAUGUGGAGCUCAGUAUUCCAGGACAGAUGACAGAUCUGGUGGCCAGGCUUUGAGGAUGUCUCUCACGCAGCCACAUCCUCAGGCAGUGCCUGGCCCUCUGUCGCUACUGCUUGGCCCUUGCUUCUCCAGGGCAUGCUGGGGGAGCACCCAGGUCCCCUCUGUCAUGUCCUGCACCCUCGCUCCCUCCACAGCCACAGAGUGUGACCUGAUGAUGUCAGGGAUCCAAACAGUGGACACAGUCGGGACAGGCCUCCGCUUCCUCGGGGAGCAGAUCGCAAGUCCCUGAUGUUUACAGGGCCAGAGCUGGGGGUGCUUCCCAAGAGACCAGUGAGGGCCAAAAGGCAAAAGUGCCCAGUGGUGUGGUGCAAGGCAGCUGGAGCCGGCUGGGUUCAGUUGCCCUCAAGACGCUGCCAGGGCCUUGGAGGAGGUGCACUUGGGGCACAGGUCUCAGACUGCCCCUCCUGGUAACACCCGGCCUGGUGGAAGUCCCGCAGGCUCUGCUUCUGCGAUCUCUACUCUUCCAGGGCCGAAGCCUCGAGUCACCCUCCUCACACCCACCUCUAGGUUACCUCAAGGGGCUUGGCCCUGCUGGGCAUGGUAACACCUGUCACCACCCCAGGAUGGUAACCUUUGCCCAGUUCAGGAUACCUGCCUUAUGUGGCUAGGCAGCUCAGGUCAAGAGAUACGCAUGUGCCACUCAUCCCCAUACACCAGUCAUGCCACCCAAGUGCUGUCCUCCAGGGUGGCCUCUGGUCUUGUUGCUGGGACCUGGCAGCAGGUAGACAGAAGUGAGAACCUGCCGGAAAUAUGUGCCUGUGAGGCUAUGUGGCCCUGGCCUUGUGGGCCACCUGUCCUAGUCUAUAGCACAUGAUGUCCUGGCUUCUCUCCAAACUUCCACACCCCCAGCCUGGCCCCAUCCCUGGUCAGGUGGAAGGUGUGGUCCUGAACUCUGGGCUCUUGGUGCCCAGGAAGAACCUGCUGGGCUCUGGACACAGUACCAACUCUAACUCCAGGAGCCUAGAAACUGCUGUGCCUGUCCUGCAGCUGGGCAGAGCCCAGGCCCCUUACCCAAGCUCUGGGUAGCUUAGGGACACAUGUCCAUUCUGCAUAGCAGGUGGCAGGUCUCUGAUGAUGGGGGGGCAUUUGGGGAGCCUGGUGCCCGGGGCUGGGUGUCAUCCCCCAGCACAUGGCAGUAUCUCCUCAAUAUGCAGCCCCCAUGGCCUCCACACUUCCAAGAUAGCCACAUGGGCCAGGUAAGGGUGGCUGUGGGCUGCAGCUGGCUCCCCACCCACACUGUGGCCU